ACCAAUUCAGAAUAGGUUCCAUUACGGAUGUAUUAGCCCCACAGACGUCUGUGGUAAACUAUUUAGAAAAAAAAAUGACAACUCCAAAUUUCUCUCUGCCGCACAAACAUCUGAAGACGAGAAGUGAAGUCGAAGAAUAUUGAAUUGACAUAGAAAAAGAAGUAAAUAAAAAAAAUUAUAAUAACACAUUCCCCGCAAAAUAUAUGUGAACUUCUGCUUAGACGCGAGUUUUCAGCUGUUGCAUGUUGCAGUCAUCAAAGUGAGAAUGUUACGCAGCGAUCACAUGGCGUUCUGCGAUCUAUAUUUGCAGCCGGAGGCGGCUUUCGAAAUAAUCUCUCAACUCGGCGAAAUAAGUUGCGUGCAGUUUUUGGAUUCUGCUCCCGAUUCACAGUCAUUUCAGAAGACGUACAUAACGGAGGUGUCACGUUGUGCUGAGAUGGAAAGGAAACUUCGCUACAUGGAGGCUGAGAUGGGGAAGGACAACAUUUACAUACCAGAGCUGGACCAGGAACCAAAGGCAAUGCAGCCAAACGAGAUGUUAGCAUUCGAAAACAUGUUUGAAAAGUGGGAAAAUGACAUAUCGCAGAUGGCGGAAUAUCAUGUCAGCCUCAUGAAAAACUAUCUGGAAAUGAACGAGAUGUAUUACAUGCUGUCACACAUCGGUCCCAUGCUGGGAAACGCGGAGUUGACGGAGUCGUGGUUUUUUAAAAAGACCACAGAGGGUGUCGGUCCCAUCGGCAUCGGAGGUCGCCUGGCUGUCAUGACAGGCGUGGUGCGCAGGGCCAAGUGCUUCCACUUCGAGAUGAUGCUGUGGAGGAUUUCCAGAGGAAAUAUUUACUACCGGCAGGCUGCCAGAGACACUAUCCUGCAGGACCCUUUCACAGGUCAAGAGAUACGCAAGGUGGCUUUCGUGGCUAUCUGUCAAGGUGAACAGUUGGCAAGUAGAAUGGAGAAAGUGUUCAGUGGCUUCGGUGUAAACUCCUACCCUUGUCCGCAAACGGAGCACGAAAGAAAUGUCAUGCUGCACAGACUGGACGUGAGGCUCACUGAUUUGGAAGAGGUUUUGAACCAAACGAAGCAUCAUCGCUGCAAAGCGUUGCGCACAGUGGGCAAGCAGUGGCGGUCGUGGGUGAUACAAGUCAAGAAGGCCAAAGCGAUAUACCACACUAUGAAUAUGUUUAACAUGGACGUCACCAAAAAAUGUCUAAUUGGUCAAUGCUGGGUACCCUCUUUAGAUGUAAAGCGAGUCCAAGAUAUAUUGGAGUACUGCACGCAAGUGGUCGACACGAACGUGCCAUCGUUCAUGUACAAAACUGUAUCGAAAGCCGUCCCACCCACUUAUUACCGCACGAACAAAUUCACAAACGGAUUUCAAGUUCUUAUUAGGGCUUACGGGGAGUCCGCUUACAGGGAACUGAACCCAGGCCUUUAUGCCGUUGUCACGUUUCCCUUUCUCUUUGCCGUAAUGUUUGGCGAUGUUGGCCAUUCGAUUAUCAUAUUGUCUAUGGCUCUUUGGAUGGUAAGAAAAGAGAAGCAAUUUAUGAGCAAAAAAUCGGACAACGAGAUAUGGAAUAUAAUUUUUGGAGGUCGCUACGUCCUGUUACUUCUCGGUGUGUUUAGCUUCUUCACUGGGUUCGUAUACAACGACUAUUUUGGCAGAGGGCUGGUUUUGUCUCACUCUUACUGGUACAACACGUAUACGGAGGUAGAUCUCGCGAACACUGAGAUUCUAGAAUUGAGUCCCGCUGAUGCGACGAGGAAACCUUAUCUAUUUGGUUUUGAUCCCUUGUGGGAGCUAUCCAAAAACAAAGUAAUGAUCGAUAAUUCGAUAAAAAUGAAGUUGUCUAUUAUAAUUGGCGUCGUUCACAUGAUAUUUGGUCUGGUUUUAAGUGUAUUUAAUCAUAUAUACUUCAAGCGCUACUAUUUGAUAUACUUGCAAUUCAUACCACAGAUUCUUUUCCUCACUUGCCUCUUCUUUUGGCUUGUCAUCCUCAUAUACCUCAAGUGGUUUAAGUACAAUCCUAAAGGAAGUAUAAAACUCGGCAGCAGCUGCGCUCCCCCAAUCCUUAUCCUGUUCAUCGACAUGUUCCUCUUCGUGGAGACAAAGGCCGGUGAUGAUGACUGCGAACCGUACAUGUUUGCCAGUCAGCAGAUGGUACAAAACGUGCUGAUGAUCAUCGCGCUCUUAUGUAUUCCGGUGUUACUGUUCGGCAAUCCAGUGUACAAAUAUUUGUAUAAUAAGAGGAUGAGGGAAGAUAUCCUGAAAAAACGAAGUCCCUUUCGAAGGUAUCAGUACAGUAAGUCAGAUAAAAUACAGUCGUUGGAGAUACAAGAGGAGGUGGCCCAGUACAUGGUAGCCUUCCCGGACCUGAUGAUAAUCCAAGGAGUUCACACUAUCGAGUUCAUCCUGGGCACCAUCUCCCAUACAGCCUCUUACCUCCGAUUGUGGGCGUUGUCCAUAGCCCAUGCGCAAUUGACUGAUAUGCUAUGGGUGAUGUUGUUGUCCAAGUUGGGUCUUCGCGAGCAUACGGCUCUGGGGUUCAUUCAUGUGACGGUCAUAUUCGCCGCGUGGGCCACGUUCACAAUCACCAUCAUGGUGGUGAUGGAAGGUCUUUCGGCAUUCCUUCACACCCUGCGCUUGCAUUGGGUGGAGUUUAUGAGUAAGUUUUAUAUUUCGGAUGGCAUCCCGUUCCAACCAUUCUGUUUCCAGACCAUAUUUUCCAAGGAAUCGGAAAAGAUCGAAGGCGCACGUCACAACGUUCGAAAGUUCAGAGACGUACACAAUUAG